AUGGUCAAGCCAACCGCUCUUCUAGGCAUCUCGACGGUUGGUGGCGCUUUCACCCCUGAAAUUAUUCGCGAAAUGGCCAACAUUAAUGCUCGCCCGAUCAUAUUUGCUCUUUCGAAUCCUACGAUCAAAUCUGAGUGUACGGCUGAGGAUGCCUAUAAACACACCAAUGGCACCGUUUUGUUCGCAUCUGGAUCUCCUUUCGAUAAUGUGGAGUUGAAUGGAAAAGUAUACAAACCUGGUCAAGGCAAUAACUCGUAUAUCUUCCCCGGUGUGGCGCUAGGCGCUAUUCUCUUCAAGGCAAAGCACAUUCCAGAGAAAGCGUUCCUCAUUGCAGCCAGACGAGUUGCUGCAUCGGUGACUGAAAAGUCGCUGAACGAAUACUCGAGACUUUAUCCACGGCUCAAGGAUAUUCGUGAACUGUCUGUCAACAUUGCACUCGAUAUUGGUAAUCAUCUCUAUGAAAACAAUCUUGCCACGCUCCAUCCUGAACCGGAGGACAAGGAAAUGUUCAUUCGUCAACAAGUCUAUAACUAUAAUUAUGAGCCAUCAAUCAACGAUCUGUACUCGUGGCCCGAAAAGGAUGCUCGUCAUGGUUUCCCGGUCCCAGUUCUACCUCGUAUAUCUAUGGAUGACGAACCAUAG